UCUAGUUGCUUCUGGGCAAAGCUUGUGAGGCAAACCAGCCUCCACCGUUGCCAGGGUACCAUGUCGCUGCUGCUGCCGCUGCCACCUCUGGACACUCCCCAGUCCCGUCCACUCACCUGACAUUUUGCUUUGUUGUGAAGCAAGCAGCAGCAAUGGCACUCCCUUUCCUCUAUUCGUGGUGGGUCUAUUCCCACGGAGACUCAGUAGACUUGGUGCCCCCCACAGAAUUGCACUGUUGUGAAAAGAGGAUGGAGGAGGAAAAUGAGGAGGAAAUUUGCUGGCUUUUAGGAGAAAUCUUACUAUUUUAUUGUUUGGCUGUUGCUGCUAUAAAGAUCGUCUACUUCGGUUUGCAGUGGCUAUGCAACAAACAUCAUGCUGGAAGCUGCCUGAUAAAGUGCAAAGGUGGGCUCUUGGGUGACCGGGGCCCUUCCUGCACAUGUCACUGUAGGCUUGGCAUCUGUGGCUUCUUAAGGCACUUGCUUGGCGGGAAAGAGAAACCCCGGGCUCACUGCACCCCCAGCUCUCCUCCUGUGAAGAAGCGGAUGCAGAAGUGCCCCUCCAAACUCAGCCAGGAAACCUUCUGCCCCAGUGACGACUCCUCAGAUUCGGAGUGUUUGGACUCCCAGGUGUUCUCAGGGAGUGGGACUGAUUACACCCCCAGCACCUGCAGUCUGAAACAAAGGGAGGCAGCAGAGAGGGAGAUCGAGAGAUGCUGGGUGAAGGCCCAACCUUGCCUCCGUUGCAAAGCCAAGAGGACCAGAGAAUGGCUGGCCCAGCACUUCUGCGAAGCCCACGUGGUUCCCCAAGAAAAGGACAACUAACCCCCAUGGUGGGCACCCUUCCAGAGGAGCUGCAGCGUGACCCACUUCGCCUGAGCCGCCUUGGGGCGUGGUUUGCAUGAACAAAACAAGCAGGAUGGGUGGUUCAGGACUUCGCUCCAGCUGAGGGCUGACUCAUGACAAUAAACGACAGGGAUUCAUCAUGAAUAUUCAUGCUUUUUUAAAAGCACAUUGCAUGAGUUAGUGACUGGGAAAGGCAGUGCUGACUUCAAAAUACAAUUGCCUGAGCGAAUGGCUGCAUCCUGCUUGAAUGCAGGAGGGGCCCAUUGCUUAUACACGUGGCACAUCUUUUAUAAAAAUAACAUGGGCUAUGUAUGAGUGCUAUUAGGUUAGACUGAGAUUAAAUAUACU